AUGAAAGCCAUUAAAUCGUCGUCGUUACUACGCCUUGAGCUCCAGGGCACCCGGACCUCCGUCCGCCGAACCCUCUCAUCCCACUCCCCGAACACAGCCGUACUGUCUCGAACAGUAGCGAGCGGAAGCGCGUCACAUUUUAGGACAUUACAGAGCUCAAGCGUACCUUGUCGGAGCCCCGCAGGUAGCUUACGAAAACCGUUCUGCCAAGCCCGAUCUUUUUCAAACUCGACAGCACGAUGUAAACUCAGGACAAUAGAGCAAGUAAAGGCACGGAAUAAAGGCGGGCCUUUCAACCUCGCCGCUGCACUCCUUUUCGUGGCCACUGGAGGUGCGUUAUACGCCUACUUCACUUACGAGAAACAACGCAUGGACCGGAAGAGGAUAGCGGAGGAGACUAAGGGAAUUGGGAAACCAAAGGUUGGAGGACCGUUUGAUUUGGUGGACCAUGAUGGGAAUCGGUUCACAAGUGAUGAUAUGCAUGGGAAAUAUGCGCUGGUUUACUUCGGUUUUACGCACUGCCCCGACAUCUGUCCAGAUGAGCUCGACAAAAUGGCUAUCAUGUAUGAUAAGGUGGUCGAGCGAUGCGGUAAAGUUCUGCUUCCCCUCAUGAUAACCUGCGACCCGGCACGCGACACUCCAGAAGUGCUGAAAGAGUACCUCAAAGAAUUCCACCCCGAAAUCAUAGGCUUGACGGGAGAAUACGAGAACAUAAAACAGACAUGUAAGGCAUAUCGCGUCUACUUCUCAACCCCACCAAACGUCAAGCCCGGCCAAGAUUAUCUAGUGGAUCACUCCAUAUAUUUCUAUCUGAUGGAUCCAGACGGUGAUUUCGUCGAAGCCAUCGGAAGAAAUUUCACCGCGGAACAGGCUGCAAAACUGAUCGGAGAUCAUAUUAAAGAUUGGAGCGGUCCGUUGAAUAAAAAGGAUCGAUGGGCAUAA